AUGUCGAUGUCAUCUGGGACUAAUAAAUCAAAAUUAGAACAUGUCUUGACAACAAGACUAAAAUGUGAUGCUGAGGGUGAUCCUAUUGAUCAGAAUGCACUUCCACCACCCCAAACUGACACUUCGCCAGACGAUUGGACCCCAUAUGAAAGCCAUAUCGCAUUUGAAAUGGCCAAAUUUCUUUUCUUGCAGAAUCAAACAUCUGCAAAGCAAAUCGACACUCUUCUCAACUUGUGGGCAGCAUCAUUGAUCAAGCAUAAUGACACUCCACCAUUCACAGAUCAUCAUGACUUAUACAACACUAUCGAUGCAACACCACUUGGUGAUAUUCCAUGGGAGACAUUCUCCAUGUCCUACAGUGGUGCCAAACCACUGCACGACAUACCACCAUGGAUGGAGGCAACUUAUGAUGUUUGGUUUUGGGACCCUCACCUCCUUUCGCAUGACAUGCUUGGGAACCCCAAUUUUGACGGGGAAAUGGAAUAUGUCCCACAUCAGGACUACAGCACAGAAGAUACCCGAUGCUUCAAGAACUUUUUUUCUGGCGACUGGGCAUGGGGCCAAGCAGAUAUUAUUGCUCAAAAUGAAGUGAAUCAUGGAUCAACUUUUGUGCCGCUAAUCAUCAGUAGCGACAAGACAACAGUUUUGGUAGCCACAGGACAUACCAAAUAUCACCCACUCUAUAUGUCCAUAGGCAACAUCUUCAAUAGUACACAACAUGCACAUUGUAAUGGUGUAGUUUUGGUGGGUUUUCUUGCCAUCCCCAAAACUACAAAGGAACAUGCUGGUGAUACAGCUUACCAUGACUUUCAACAACAGAUGUUUCAUUGUUCCCUUGCCAAAAUCUUUGAGGCCAUCAAACCUUACAUGGACACCCCUGAUGUUGCUCGCUUCCCUGAUGGACAUUUUCGCAGGGUCAUAUAUGGACUGGGUCCCUACAUUGCUGACUAUCCAGAGCAGGUACUGCUGUCUGGGGUAGUCCAGGGAUGGUGUCUGAAGUGCCUUGCUGACCAGAGAGACUUAGAUGGUGAUGGACCGUGCUUGCGCCGGUGCAAAAAACACAGAGAGCUUCUCAUUGAAGAGCUCAAGUAUGGAAAGCUAUGGGAGGAAUAUGGUAUUGUCAGUGAUGUUGUGCCCUUUACAAAUGACUACCCUCAAGCUGAUAUUCAUGAAUUGAUUUCACCAGACAUUCUCCACCAAAUUAUUAAAGGUGCUUUUAAAGAUCAUCUGGUGGAUUGGGUUGAAUCUUACCUCAAGAUCACACAUGAAGGAUGCGGAUUUAAACAAUGGACUGGCAAUGAUUCAAAGGCAUUGAUGAAGGUCUACCUUCCUGCUAUCAGGGGGCAUGUCCCUGAUGAUAUAGUACACACCUUCAGUACUUUCCUGGACUUUGCUACAUUGUUUGAUGACGCACUUGAUCAGUUCCACAGAUACCAGGAAAUCUUCAAGACAACUGGUGUCACCCUGUCUUUCUCCCUGCCAUGCCAGCACUCAUUAAACCACUAUUUAUUUCUUAUCUGGCAAUUUGGGGCCCCCAAUGGGCUUUGCUCUUCAAUUACAGAGUCAAAACAUAUUAAGGCCAUCAAGGAGCCUUGGCGCCGCUCAAGCUGGUUCAAAGUAUGUGGAAUGUUGAAGGGCUCAUGUCUGUCUAUUGAGGGUGAAGUCAGUGAAAUGGUCGAUGGACCUGCAGUAGAGGCACAUGUUGACCUUGCAGCAACACCUUGCUGUAAAUGUGAUGUCCAUGCACUUGGUGACGAACUUGAGCUCCCCAAUUUUCAGCAACUGAUCCAGGAAUUUAUUCAUGACCAAGCUCACACUGCCAACCCCAACCCUCCUGUAUUUGACCCUGCAUCAGCACCAUUAUUCUUGGGGAAAGUCUCAAUUUUCAAUUCCGCAGCCGCCUCAUUCUAUGCACCUAGUGAUCUUAGCAGCACUGGAGACAUUUCCAUCAUUCAUAUUGAUUGCAUUUUCCAUGCAGUGCAUCUUAUUCCAGUAUAUGGCUCAAACAUUUUACCUUCUGCGAUUACUUCACAUGAUUCUUAUGAUGUCUUUCACUCUUAUUUUGUCAACAAGUAUGCUGAUCACCACGCAUUCAAGAUUGCAUAA